CCUGAAAGGUUUGAUGCCUGCAUCCGUCGGUUGCGCAAAACGCACUGGAUGCUGACGGCUUUUCAGGAAUCCGCGGCCGCAGACCACCUGCCUGUCGAAAAAUCUGAAAUUCCCAACUUGUGUUGCCCCCUGGUGAUUAGCACACUCGUAACUGUGCUUCGCCGACUAAAUAUUGCAUACUUCUUCACGGACUUCGAGGUGGAAAGGCUGAUUGCGGGACUGGCCAUCAAGUUGGGCUGUCCGGUCAUGAGCAGGGAUUCCGACUUCUUCAUAUUCAGCAAUUACUGGGGCGAGACCUGUGGCUACUGUGCAAUUCAGCCUCUGCCAUUUAACGUUCAACCUAAGCUCUUUGAAGAUAAUCUAUGUGCUGACUGCGCCCAAAAGGAAAUAUCGCGACAGCUUUAUAAACAGAGCCAGAAACGAAACAAAAACUAUUGUUACUACCUUGAGGCAACAAGUUUUGCGCCCGAACAGGGUGCCUUUUCAAGACUAGCCGCACCCCUCAGGCCAGUGUUUGCUGUCCUCUGGGGCAAUGACUAUGUCCCCUUGCGCUACUUUGAUCCCUAUCUGCCGAGUACAGUCACAGACGCUGUGAACGCGGAUGGCUGCUUCGACAUCCUGCAGAAAAUGGAGAAUCUGAUUUCCUGGCUAUCCAGCUUCGGCUCAAGUCUACAGGAACCGAUCAAUUAUGUUUUGUCGAGGGUGCCACCAGCCAAGAGGGCAGAGGCUGAGGAAACGUUUUUCACGGCACUCAGUCUCUACUGCAUAGAUUGCAAACGUGAUCUCGAACGCUAUGGGAAGUUUACUGGAUUUGCUGCUUCAAAAUUCUUGACGGAUGCGUCGGCGACUCCAAGCAGCAAAAACAGUGCAAAUUCAACAGCAGCGGAAUAUGCCAAAAGAGCACGACAAAUUCUGUUGGGGGGACAGGGGGAAACUGUGAUCCCCGACCUGACCGAAAAGUGGCCCAAAGCCCUGAGAGAAUACUUUAGAACCCAACCGACAUUUAGACUUUUUAAUGCUGUCUACAGCUUCCCUCAUUUGUGUGGUUUUGGCAUCCAGGAUAUGCGACUAGCCGAACGAGCUGACUUCUGCGCACAAGGUCUUCGCCAGCUCAUCUACAGCGUCAUCUUCCACCUCGAAAAAGGCGAUAGGCGAAACCUGCAUGGUGUAAAGGGUCCCACCGCCCGCGCCCAAGUUGCUGAAAUCAAGAUCAAUACAGAAGGGCAGCCGGAAUGGACUGCCGUGCAACUGCUCCCACUGCAGAUCACUACGCCAUUGCGGUUGUUGAAGUCCGUCUCCGGGGAGACGAACCUUAACUUUGCAUGCAUUCACAUCUACGCCCAGCUGCAGGUAACAUAUUGCACACUAAUUACGCUAGUUGCAGUCCUCACUUCCACCAUGGCCUCCAGGGAGCCCGUUGAUUUUGGCUCAAAUGACGAGGCCACGCUCUGCUUUCCGUCUGGACGCCUUGCAUACAGACUGGCUGUUCGGUUGAGUUUGCUGCCACAGAACGAGCGGCAGAAGGAGUUAUGUGAG